UCGUCCAUAAGAGGGAGUCAAGUUUCUUAUAUGCACCGUUUUCGCCCACUUCCACAACAGAACUACACAACACAGUGACCGGACAGGGGGAAAUAUUGCUUGUCAACGAUUAUUUUCUCCCAUAGUGGCUGUUGGAAACUCAUAUCUGUGGCUGGAUAGUCAGUCGCUCGGUCAGUUCGCCCCUUAGCUAUCACCCACAACUUCGCCUCUUCUUCUUCUUCUUCUUCGCCGCAGCUGAAGAACAAGGUGGUUCAUGAUCACCAGGAAGCUUUUGACUUUUUCCUACCUGGAUUAACUCGAGGGGCGACACGAUUUUUUUCUUUACUUUUUCUUUCACUCUUUUUUUGGUAACGGAGAGACUUAUUCUCUGGCAGAAUGUUGUGGAAAUUAGCCGACAACGUGAAGUAUGAGGAUGAUUGUGAGGAAAGGCACGACGGCAACAGCAAUGGAAACCCUCGUCUGCCUCACCUGCCAGCGGUCAGUCAGCACCUCUACAGCCCGUCUCCCUCCCUCUCACACUCGGCCAGUUCGGACUUCCAGCCCCCGUACUUCCCGCCUCCCUACCAGCCUAUUUCCUACCAGCAGUCCAGUGACCCUUACUCCCACCUCGGCGACCCUUUCAACAUCAACUCCAUACACCAGCCGUCGUCGAACCAGCAGCAAUGGCCCGGUCGGCAGGGCCAGGACGGGCUCGGCGCGCACGGGAGGAGCGGACUGGCGAGUCAAAUCCUGGGCCUGGAGGGCUCGUCCGGGGUGAGGAGGGAAGGGUUCCGGCGGCCGGAGCUGCUGCCCCCACACGUGCACAGCAUAGACUCGUCGGUUAUUGGUGAUAACAUGGGGAUGCAAGACAUGGGCCACGGACUAGAGGACGUUCAACAUGGAGAUGACCACAGUAUUAUUAUGGCAGAUCAGACAGUCAUCAAAAAAGGGCCUGUCACUCUCCCCAAAGGCAACGCGCUGGGUCUUCCUUUCCAGAAAGAGUCCCUGCUGGGCAUGGUGUCAAACCCAACAGAGGUGUUCUGCUCCGUACCAGGCCGUCUCUCCUUGCUGAGCUCCACAUCCAAGUACAAGGUUACCGUGGCCGAGGUCCAGAGACGUCUGUCACCCCCUGAGUGCCUCAACGCAUCGCUCCUGGGAGGGGUUUUACGCAGAGCCAAGUCAAAAAAUGGAGGUCGCUCUCUGAGAGAAAAGCUGGAUAAGAUUGGGCUCAACCUGCCUGCGGGAAGAAGGAAGGCAGCCAAUGUCACUCUGCUUACCUCACUAGUAGAAGGGGAAGCUGUUCAUUUAGCAAGAGACUUUGGUUACGUGUGUGAGACAGAGUUCCCUGCAAAAGCAAUUGCUGAAUACCUGGGCAGGCCGCACGUGGAACGCAACGAGGUUAACUCUCGCAAGAACAUGCUCCUUGCUGCCAAGCAAAUCUGUAAGGAGUUUACUGACCUGCUUACUCAGGACCGUUCACCUUUGGGAAACUCUCGGCCGGCCCCCAUCAUGGAGCCUGGAAUCCAAGGCUGCCUGACCCACUUCAGCCUCAUCACUCACGGCUUUGGUUCUCCAGCCAUCUGCGCCGCCAUGACCUCGCUUCAGAACUACCUGAACGAGGCCCUAAAACAAGUGGACAAGAUGUACCUGAGCUCUGGUAGUGACACCCAGGGAUCCUCAGACAGUGGAAGCAAAUCUGCCGACAAAAUGGACAAGCACAGGAAAUGAGAGCUCAAAGGAGAAUCCUUAUGAACUUAAGAACCCCCGAGUCCCUUAAUCUUGCUGCCCUGUCUGCCCUUUUGGACUUUUUUAAAAUAUUGAUUGAUAAGUAUUGUCAUUUUGAGAGCUGAAUUUGUGCGUGAGUGUGUGUGUAUUCGCACUGUUGAAUUUAUAUCAUAUUUUUUGAGACAUUGAUGAUUUCUACUUGUCACAGCCGGCUGCAAAUCAGUCUUCACCUAUGGUGAACACGCGUUUACUGGUCCUAAUAGGAGCCCACCUUGUGGGGGUGUAAAAUCAUUAUGAUGCUAACCACUCUUCAGUUCCAUACAGUUGCCAAUGUGCUGAUGCUACAACUAUGGGACCUGCUUUCUGUUGACAAGAGGAGGAAAAAGAACAAAGUGCAUACUGUUUUUUUUCUCCCUAGAGGACAUCAUUUCAAGAUGAGUUGCUGUGGCUGUGAAUUCCUCUCAGCCCCCCCCUCCCUCAUGCUCUGUCUGGAGGCAAAUCCACUGAUUUCCUGUGUCUCAAUGGACUUGCAAAGGACAAUUUUUAUAUGAGAAAGAGAGAGAAGAAAAUCCACUUCAUUUUCUUUCUUUUUUGUGCUUGAUUUGUACAACCACUUCAAAAUGGCUCCAGUAUUAUUGUGCUUUGUUCAUGAGAGAUGAUUUGAAUCUUAUGUAGGCCUGAAUGAGAAAAGAUGAGUUUUGGUUUGUCAGUCUGUGUUUGGUCAGAAACCAGAGACUUUACAGCCUCUUCAGUGUUCAUGUGGAUUACAGGCAUAGCAAUGCUUCCAUUGUUACUCUAUCUUUAAACCUGGCAGCAUUACUUUUGUGACCACAUUAGAUAUUCAUCAUUCUUAGUAUUUAAAAACCCCAACUUACCGCCAACCUACCAACCACUUCAGUCCUGCCAGAGUGUAUGUAUGUUGUGAGAAUGUGUGUAAAUGUAUAUAUUUCUUUCUUUAAAAAUGUUUUUAAUUAGACAUUAAAUUCCAAACAUAGAAUUUUAUCCAGUCUCUUGUCCUGGAUGUAAAUAUUUUCUAAUUUAUGUUGUAAUUUAAUGGGCUUGUGUAAAUAAUGGUAUCAUUCUGGUGUAUGGUUUCACUUUUUAUGAUGAUGUGUUUAACUUUUAUAAAUGGGUUAGUUUUUUAUCGAGUAGAGGUUAGGAAGUGGGCAUGAUAAUAUACUUUUAUGAAAAUAUGUAAAAAAAAAUGUUUUAAAGUUUCAGGAAAAAUAAAAAUAAAAUGAAA